AUGGCGACCGCAACAACAACAACUCCUCCUCCACCAACACCCGGCAAGAAGCCCCAACCAAUCCCAUGGACACACCAAGAGACGGUCCACCUAAUCCAAGCCUACGAGGAGAAAUGGUACUCGCUCAAACGAGGACCUCUAAAAUCAAGCCAAUGGGAGGAAGUCGCGGUCACCGUCGCCGCCAGAUGCGGUUACGAUUACACUGAACCUUCCAAAACUGCUAUACAGUGCCGACAUAAGAUGGAGAAGCUUCGACAGAGAUACCGAUCUGAAAAGAAUCGAGUCAAUCUCGUUGGACUCUCCGUUUGGCCCUAUUUUGACCUAAUGGAUCGGUUGGAACGUGGUCCUUUGCCUAUCUCAGCUCAGCCAAUGAUCGCUAUUCCUUAUCGCCGCGAUCGAGAUAUGGAUGAUGAAGACGAAGACGACGACGACGACGACGAAGAAAGUGUAAUUCGUACCAAGUCUCGGAGUAUCGAUUACAUUCUGAAACGACCUGCGAUCGUGAAUAGGUUCGCUGGCGAUGGAGAAAGAGAAAGAGGAAGCGUUAAUGGCUUUUCUAGGGUUUGGGGUGAACCAGUAACGAAGAGGCCAAGGGAGACAGUGGUAGAAGAAGAAGAAGAAGAGGACAGUGAUGGUGAUGAAGCGAAGGCUGAGAUUUUGGAACGGCGGCGUAGGAAGAGAGAGGUGGGACUGAAAUUGGCGGCGGAGAUAAGGGCAUUUUCGGAAAGAAUUGUUGGGAUGGAGAGUAUGAAAAUGGAGAUGAUGAAAGAUACAGAGAGGUGUAGAAGAGAGAUGGAGACUAAGAGAAUCGAAAUGAUUCAUCGUUCACACAACAAAAUUCUCGAUUCCAUUACCAAAGCUUUUCGAUUUUGA